AUGUCUGUCCCUGGCUCGAGCUCAAGUGCUUGGCGGGGCUUACACGUCCUUCGAACAAGACUGGUGCUGUUGGCGCUGCCUGGCUUCAUUGCACUGGUCUUGCUCACCCGCACCUACUACAGAAGCGAUAUCUUAUCGCAGCGUAUCAUCAACGCCAACGGCACUAGCGUUGCAUCUAGCUCAAUAUCGGCAGAUGAGCAACGCAAACGCGUCGAGUGCUGGGCACAAUGGUUUAGCACCGGUUCGGUCUGCGAGAAUCCACCGCAGUCGUGGUCACCCCAGGACAAGCUCGAUCUGAUAUGGACAUGGAGAAAUGCUAGCCUGGCGUCUUCUGGCAACGACAAAGGCGCCGAAGCGUCGGAUCUGCUCCGAUACUCUUUUCGAUCAGCUCAGCAGCAUCUGCAGUUGGGCUUUGGUUUUGUCACGCUUCUCGCUCCGGAUGCUCCGAGUGGCACGCUGGAUGCUUGCACAAGCUCAUAUCAGGACCAUCAAAACGUCACGCGCUCUGGCCAACGUCCUUGUUGGCUUGCUUCGACCGAUCCGGUCUAUCGACCUCCUGCGCUUCUGCACCACCGCCAAGUCGCAUGUUCCGAUAGCAGUCGUCUGUCCGAGGAUGCCUGUUCACAUGCCUCGAUCGUUGAUGCGACGUCAUCUGCGUCCACCUCAUCCUUGCUCGCUGCACACGCGAAGGAGUUGUCAGAUGUGCGUCUGCUCGUCGAGCCCCAUCAUAUCUUUGCGGCUCCUGUGUCUUCGUCCGACUUCUGGUCGCCAUUGUACGGUCCCAUUUUUCGCGCCACUGUCCAUGCGUCCCAGGCAGACAGUAGCACAACCGAGUCUGCCGCCAACACCAACCCAACCAGCGUCAGCACGGACAGAGCCCGUUUGAACCGCGUUUCCACCCUGCUCGGUCAAAGAUUUGCGACAAGCAUGCGCACAAAGCUACUCGACCUGCCCCAGCCCAUCUCGAAAUCCGUGUUUGCAGAGCUGCAGCAGAUCUGGCCAGAAGAGCUCAGCCUGAACACCAGUACGGUCCACCUCGCCUCGUUGCAUGCUCACUACACGAUUGAGAGGUAUCGCGAGGCUCUCUUGUGGUCGUUCCUUGUGGCGAGACAUGAUCGCGACGCUGAUGGCGUGUAUUCGGAUCAGGAAGCUGCAGCAUUGGUUCGAGACCUCGGAGUCACCGAUCUCAACAGAGUCACUUUGCCACCUGUCUACAUGCCGGUUCGGAGGUCCACUGACAAGGCCAUCAUGACGCAGAAUCUGCAACGUGCUGGCUUAAGCAGGCGUCUUGCACAUCAGCCUAUUCAGAGCGCUGUCGACGGGUCGGCACUGUACGCACCGCGUACUCGAUCCGACCCGCUUUCCACUGCUGCCGCAAGUGCAAUGUCGGCAGAAAAAGAUCAGCCACAAGUCGCGUGCCAAUUAGAUGCGGCUUGCUUGGCACCGCUGCUGCAGUCAGCCUCGAACACGGUCAAGCCGAGCGUGUCGCAACUCUUCUCGCGUGUUGCUUAUCUGGCACCGGUGUGUGGCGACUGUAUUAUAUUACACCUCGUGGCAAAAUCGGGGCUUGAAGGCCUAUCUGCGUUUUUACCAGCUGCCGAUCUGGUUAUGCCGCCACUCGAAACGUUGCCGUUGGCUGCAACGUUUGAGGAGGUGGAUGUUUCCAUCAAGCCUUCUUUGGACAAAGCAAAUGUGAGCCGGUUGCAUGUUGUGACAACACUGCUUUCGCGCUACGUCUACUCGAUCAUCAUCGACGAGCCCUAUGUGACGCCGACCAUGCCAAAUCGAUCCGAAACGUCGCUGAGCCUUUCGACGCUCGAGUUUUUCAACACAUCGUCGGUGUUUUCGCUCAAGCAGCAUGGCGCGCCUUCGGAUCCUAGUCACCAAGAAGACGCUUGGAUCUGGACAAGAUAUGUGCGCGCAUGGCUCGCGGUCAGAUUCCCAUUUGCCAUGCGGUUCGAGUCACACACUACCAAGCUUUAG